AUGGCUUCAGCGUCAGUGUCUAAAGGAACAUUUCAACCGGAUUCUGAUGUACACAUUACAUUUGAAGAUCAACAAAAAAUCAAUAAAUUUGCCAGGCUUAAUGCACGUGUUGACGAAUACAGGGAUGAAUUAAAAUCGAAACAAACAACAUUAAAGAACCUGGAAGAUGCUACUGAAGAGUUAAUGUUAUUAGAUGAAGACGAUUGUCCAAAUCUUCCAUACCUUUCUGGAGAAACUUUUGUAUAUUAUAAUCUUGAAACGGCACAGAACAAUUUAGAAGAAUUGAAAAAAACUGUUGGAAAAGAGAUGAAGGAUAUUGAAACAAAAAUCAAAGAUAUAUCAUCUACAAUGAGUGAUCUAAAAUCACAUUUAUAUGGAAAAUUUGGUAACAACAUAAACUUAGAAGCUGAAGAUUAA